AUGGUGGCUGCAACAGUGGCCCUGGGUAACAGUUCUGUCAGCAACAGCCACGUGGCAGGGCUAUGUGAAGAUCAUCGACUUUGGAGUUUGGGUCGCCCAGUGACCACCCAGGAAGCGACCCAGUGGAACAUGGUUUCCAAGAAACUGGGCGAGUUGGAAAGUCGUACCUACACUGUGGUCGGCACACCCCACUACAUGGCUCCGGAGGUCUUUCAGGGCAAAGGCUACGGGGUCGAAGUGGAUUUGUGGUCCCUGGGCAUCAUGCUCUUUGAAUUUGCUGGGGCCCUCAGGCAUUGCCCCGCACCCCAGGUCUGCGGUUACUUACCCUUUGGCACCAACUUGGUCGAGCCGCGACAAGUGUGCUCCGCCGUGUUGCGAGGGAAGCUGAAAUUCCCAUCUGCCUACAAGGACGAGAUUGGCCGCGACCUCAUCAAAGGCCUUUUGACACAGCCGGUGCUAAAGCGGCUCGGCGCUGGUGUGAACGGUCUUCAGGACGUCUUCAAGCAUCCCUUCUUCGAGAUUCCAGGCCCCUCGAGUAUGUUCGACAAGCUCUUGGGGCGUGAAUUGGAACCUCCCUAUACACCCGGACCUUGGAGGCCGCCCACGGAUCAAAAACGACCUCACGGCUACUCAAAGGAACAGUUCGAGCUCUUUGAGCAUCCCUUCUCCAAAGGUCAGGGUCCCGAGGUGGUAAAGCAGAACGGCUUCUUCUGCAACCUGGCAGCUGAAGUGUAG